GACAAGUCUGUCAGUGCGAGUUUCCGUCAAGUUCAUUCAUUUCCUGUGUGUAAUUGCUAUAGAAAUUUGUGAAAAAUUAGUGCAAGGCAUUUUGAUGUAAAGAAAAUGUUUAUAACGGACAAGGAAUGUCCAAAAUAAUGUGCCAUGGAUCAGGAUAAAUCGGCGACACAGGAGUGCUACGAAUUCCUAGACCUUUCUGAUGUCAAUGAUACCGAAAGAAGUCAACUUGCGACAACUUUAUAUCCAAGCGAGAAACAACAAGCACAUGUGUCCUGGGUGCAUGAAUCCCUGCAACAGCAACAACACAGAUAUCAGCAUCAACACGCACUUGGUGGAGUCGCAAAUAUUGGGAGUGAAGUUAUUACCAAUAGGGUGCCCCCACAGCAUCAGCAACAGCCACAGGGAGACGCUAGUUGUCACCAGGAGCUCGAACAUGAUCCAGCGGUGAUCAAUAGUUGGCCCGAAGCUCCAUAUGGGCAAGCCACGGCUACGCCAUUGGUACGCAGUUUGAUGCCGCGUUUGAUACAACCAUUGGCGGCAGCGGCGGCGCUCCCCAUUUAUGCCAUUGUGAAACCCACCUUGGCUCCCCUGGCAGCUGUGCCUUUGAGCAUGCCGGCCGUUGCGGGUGCUGCAGUUAAUGGCAACAAUUACGAAAAGACACCAUCUGAGACAGAAACGGAAUCAUCUGUAGCGACUGAUUAUACGGAAUUUGUGCAUCAUCAACCAUCGCAUCAAGGACAACAUCAUCAGCAUCAUCAGCAAUCAAAUACGGAAAUGUCGCCUCAUUCGCAUCAUCAGCAUCAACAGUCACAGACAUCGGGCCAUCAGCAGAUAUCUGGACAGAAUGCAGCCGGAGGAGGGGGACAGCAUACGACAUUGGCAUCAAUGUAUACAUCGGGUGGACAUGGGCAGUCGACGGCAUAUCUACCACAGGGCUCACAGAUGUAUCAUCAUCAGAUGCUGCAACCGUCGAUGCCUGGCAAUGUCUAUGUGAGCAAUAUGACGGCCAAUGUGAAUGUUCAUAGUUUUCUUGGUGCUCAGAUGCCACCACAGCCGUAUAUGCAGCCAACUGCUCCGCCUUUCCUGCCCAAUGACAUGACCGGGCAGACUGUUGUGGCCACGUCACACGAUCAGUCGGCUGUCCAUCAGCCAGUGAAUAUGCCGAAUAUGCGAAUGGGUGGCGGAGGUGGUCCGAGGCGUGGUGGCAGGGGCAACAAAGGGGGAUCACAUAGAAGGGGGGGCGGAGGAGGGAGUGGAGGGGAUUAUGCAUCGCGUCAACAGCAGGAUCUGCAGCAGCAACAACAGAGGCAGGAACAGCAACGACAGCAACAGCAACAGCAGCAGCAGAAUAAUGCUGGAGUACCACAGCCGCAGGAGAUGAUGCCACACAUGAUGGAACCGCAUCAGGUGAUGGGUGCUCCAGGGUAUGCAACAGCUCCACCUCAGCUCUACUAUCCCUAUCAACCACCAAGUUACUAUCAGCCCCACAGUGCCCUGCCACAUCUAUCAGCUCAACAUGCAGCCGGACAUCCUCUCUACGUUCAGAGUCCUGCCCUGUCCAUGUAUCCGCCUGGCCAUCAGAUGGGCUAUCAGACUCAUCCGAGUAUGUUGAUGUACCACACGGCAAUGAUGUCACCGGCAGAGUAUGGAAUGAUGGAUGACAAGGGAGAUGAUCAGAGUGUUAUGAGUGAUGGUAGUGUUGGUGUGAUAGGACCAAUGUGGCAUCCUCAAGUCCAAAUGGAUUUCCCACUGGAUCACGGUGUUAUGCAGCCAGGACAGGAAGAAUACCUCGUACAGCCAGAAAUGAUGGAUGAUCCUGCAGCCGGUGCUUUGAUAAUGCCAACUAUGAUGUCACCUCAGCAACAACCACCACCAUCGCCAGCUCCAACGACUGGGCAUCAUGUCCUGAAUCCGGAUGUUGCCAAUUUUAUCACGAGGAAGCAACAGAUGGAGCAACAGGCACAGCAACAGAGUCAAAUGGUACAUCAGCAAAUGCUACCAACGGAUUUUGUGCAGAAUCAAACAAUGGUGAAACCUGUGACGUCACCACAGCCUGUGACAGAGACAAUCCCAGUGGCAUCAGUGACAGCUCAGGAGAUGCCAUCAGCCUCUCCCAAGUCCCCAGUUGUAGUAUGCAGCAGCAACGAUGAACAACAGCAAAUGUCCCAGGAAAUGCAUCAUCAUCAUCAUCAGCAGCAACAGGUAGCAUUCUAUGAGGAAUGCCGGGAAGAAAAUACCGACAACAACAUUGGAAAAAUUGAGACAGUAGUCACCAUUGAGUCAGUACAACAACAACAACAACAGCAACAACAACAGUCGUGUGAACAAAACAAUCUUUUGGGCAAUGUGACAGUUCCUGAGAAUGUGCCAAGUGUUGCUGCAAUCAACAACAACAACAACAACAACGUGGUGAAGCCUCUGAAGCAAGAGGAUACCACUCGAUUGGCCAAGAUGACAAAUGAUAAGUUGAUGAUAAAAAAUGAUCGAGGACAGAAGCCACCGGUAUGGAAUAAGAAGAGUACAACGAGUGUUUCAGUGACGGCACUUCCAUCAUCAACACCAAUUACAACGUCACUAACACACAAUAAUGCUGACGUCAAACAACAACAACAACCCAAAGUAUCUCCUCCACCAUUUGCCAAUCAGAAAUCUGUCGCUAAGGCCUUGUCAAAUGCCACAACACAAGUGCCAAAGGUAAGUGAAAUCAAUACAAAAUCACCGAAUCUGAGUGAACAAAAUUAUGUGGCAUCGACCGAUGGAUCGGCGGAUAAAAAGACUGAAGUAUCAACGUUGCUGAAUAAAACUGUACAGGCAAUUCCUCCAAUAGCUCAUUCAGUAGCAAAUGUUGAUGCGAAACAAAUACCAACUGCUGCUGUCACGACAUUUGAAUCGAAACAAGUGGAAGUUCUACCUCAGAUUCAGCAACAACAACAGAGUAACGUUGUUGAGAGCAGUAGUGAAAAAGUGACUACAAAUGGUGUUCCUCAAGUUGAUUGUGUCGUGACAAGUGAGAAAGGAGGAAAAUUGGAGACAAAUAGUGUAGCUACGUCAACAACGCCAAUUGUUGCUGCUGCUGUAGUCACAACAACAGCUCCGGCUGUAGUUGCAGCACCACCACCAAGUAAAUCAUGGGCGAGUCUUUUCUCGUCUGACAGCAAUUCAUCAGCAUCUGGUGGAGGACAAUCAUUGAGUGGGAAUAAGAAACCUGUGGCGAAGGUGCCACCAUUUGAACCAACACAAACUCUGCCAAUUGGUGGAUUGUCGUACUCAGCUGCAUCUGCACUUGGGUUGCCAACGAUAGAGCAGACGACAGCUUCAGCUAAAGUUACUGCAAAAUCGACUAAAUCCACAGUUGAUGAUCGUAGUCUAAAAUUGGGAGAAUUCUUCUCAAAGUAUCAAAUUGACAAUAGUAGUGUUAUUCUCUGCCCACGUGGUUUGACAAAUCGAUCAAAUUUCUGCUACAUCAAUGCCAUUCUGCAAGCUCUUGUGGCUUGUCCACCCUUCUAUCACAUGAUGAAGAAAAUACCACUGGAACCGCCAGCCUUUCGUCAAAAGACCAUUACGCCCAUCAUUGAUGCCAUGGUUGAACUUGUAUCGGAAUUUUCAACAAUGCCACCAGGAGCUCGACUUGGAAAGCGUGAAAAGGGCUCCAAGGGGAAGGAUGAAAUUGAUUUGAUGUGUGAUAUGGCCUUUGAACCAACUGUCAUUCACAAAAUGCUCAGCGGAAGCCGUUCAGAGUUUCAUGUGGAGGGACGCCAGGAAGAUGCUGAAGAAUUUCUUGGUUUCAUUCUCAACGGACUAAAUGAUGAGAUGCUUGAGUUGAUGAAAUUGGUGGAUAAGCAAUCGAAUAUGUCUAAUGGUGAGCAGGCAAAUGGAGAAGUGCAGACUGAGGAGGGUGGUGACGAUUGGCAAGUGAUUUAUGGCAAUCGGAAUAAGGGAACUGUUACAAGAACAACAGAUUUCGGUAGGACACCAAUCAGUGAUAUUUUUGGUGGUCAGCUGAGAUCUCGUGUUCAACGUGAAGGUGAUCACUCAACAGAUGUUAUUCAGCCAUUUUUCACACUUCAACUUGAUAUUGAGAAAGCAGAAUCUGUGAAGGAGGCCCUUGAAAUUCUAGUCGUGAAGGAUCAAUUGGAGGGUGUGACAUGUUCAAAGACAAAUCAAGAGGUUGCAGCAUGGCAGCAAGUGACAUUGGAAAAAUUGCCAGUGGUGUUGAUUCUUCAUCUCAAGUGGUUCGAUUUCAAGAUGGACAGCUGUACAAAAAUUCUCAAAACUGUGGAAUUUCCCAUUGAACUGAGAAUUGAUACAAAAAUUCUGUCAUCGAAGAAAUGCGUGGCGAAACAGCGCCAAUACAAAUUAUUUGCUGUAGUCUAUCAUGAUGGCAAAGAGGCGUCUAAAGGACACUAUAUAACAGAUGUUUUCAACAUUGGAUACGCAUCGUGGAUCAGAUAUGAUGACAGCAUUGUGAGAUCUGUUUCUGAACAAACAGUUCUCCAUCCGCAUCUACCCAAAGUUCCCUAUUUGCUCUACUAUAGACGUUGUGAUACAAUAGGGCCCCAGAGUCAGUCAACAUCGACUGCCAAGUAAGAAAUAACAAACAAAAAAUAUUAUAUUAAGCUCCUGUCCUUCCUCUUAACUCCAUUGACAAAAAAAUCUUAUUCUUUAAUUACCUUCAAGAUUAUUCUGUGAAAUGAAGAAAAAAAAAUUAAAUUAAGUUCCGUGUGAAUUUUGAUUUUUCACCUUCCAAUCUUCCUUUUUCCUACAAAAUUUUUCUUUUCGUUAUACUUGAUCUAAUUGUGGUGCCCUAAAUUUAAAGUAUACAUCUAAAUAAUAUGUGUGUAUGUAAUGUAAAUAUUAUUAACCUUUGUUAGAGUUUUACACUUUACUGGAAAGUUGAAUUACACACAAUUUUUGGACGAUGUAUGUUUCUUGAUAUUUCAUUUGGCUUUGAAAGAGGGAACAAAAAUUAUUAAAAUGAAGAAAAUAUGGUUAAUAGCCUCGAUAAAAUACGAGGUUGAAAGAAAAAAAAAAUUAUUUGGAUAUAUGAAGGGGAAGUGAAUUGACAGAGAAUAUUACCAUUCAAUUAAUAUUAAAAGUUAGGUAGUACUUUUUAAAUUACACUGUAGAUUGAGAAAAUUCAUUUAUUGUUAUGUUGUUUUUUUUAUUUACAUUAGAAUUAACUACAAAUCAAGUCAUAAGUUUAUUAUUUUAAAAUAUGUGGUACCAUACGAAAUAAAUCACUUGAAGUAAAAACAAAUGAUGUAAAGGAAUCAUCCCAGUAACUCCUGUAAGAAAAUGUUUAUGAAAUAAAUACUUGGAUGAAUUUAUGUAUAAAAAAAAA